UCUUCCUACAAAAAAGAACAUGCAACAAUGGUCGUUGUCAAAAGAGAUCAGAAAAUGCGCAAGACAGGUGAUUGAAAGCAGGGAGAGGACUGCUCGCACUGGAAAGUCAGUGGACUACGGUAAUGAUUUACUUGGCCUAAUGAUGAGUUCGAACAAGGAACAAGGAGGAAAAGGGCAGAGUAACAUUCACAUGACAACAGAUGAAAUAAUUUCUGAAUUGAUAACUUUCUAUAUAGCUGGACAGGAAACUACAACAAUCCUCUUGACAUGGACCAUGAUCUUGUUGGGAAUGCAUCAGGACUGGCAAGAACUAGCACGUAAGGAGGUCUUAGAAGUGUGUGGGAAAACCGAUUUUCCAAAUGCAGACACUGUGAAUGGCCUAAAGAUUAUGGGGAUGAUUUUCAAUGAGUCCUUGAGACUUUAUCCACCUAUAAUAGCACUACUCCGAAAAACAGAAAAGCCAAUGAAGCUUGGCAGACUCUCAAUUCCUGCAGGUACUCAACUUCAGAUUCCGAUCCUUGAAAUGCACCAUGACCCAUCUUUGUGGGGAGACAACGUAAACGAGUUCAAUCCAGAGCGGUUCAGAGAAGGAAUUUCAAAAGCUGCCGAGCAUCCGAUUGCCUUCAUGCCGUUUUCAUUAGGUCCAAGGGUUUGCAUUGGUCAAAACUUUGCACUAAUAGAGGCCAAAGUAGCACUGACUCUGAUUCUUCAACAAUUUUUCUUUGUGAUUUCACCCAAUUACAUCCACGCACCUGUACAUUCGUUCACACUUAAACCCCAGUUUGGAGCUCAGGUCAUUCUUCACAUGAAUCGUGAUAAAUAUUUAGCAUUCUGAAAUCUCAAACUGAGACAAUUUAGAUCAUGUGUUAUGAAAAUGUCCGAAGUAAACAGACGUGCUUGAUAUAAACCAUCGUCAAGUUUUCAAAUAUUUUAGUGAAUGUUGUCUAAGUAGAUUUCAAUAAAUUGAAAGAAUUGGGAAUUCAUAUUAAAGAUCA